AUGCGUGUUUCGGACCCGUCAAAGCUUGACAUCCAUCCCAGUGAUUCCUGUGAUAUCCGCCUUACCGUGACAGGCUCCCGCGAGAAGUAUCCAGCCAAACAGCAUGCGCGCAGAGUCGCGGCGAAACUAGGGGCUUCCAAAGGGCUGAUCUAUCUAGUCGGCAAGCCUACCAUCAACUGGGGGGACUCAGACCAACCGCGCCCCUUUCGCCAAAGGCGUUAUUUUUACUAUUUCACUGGAGCGGACGAGGCCGAUUGCUAUGUGACGUACGAUAUUCAAAAGGACCUUCUAACUCUCUACGUACCGGAUUUUGACCUGCGUCACGCGAUAUGGAUGGGCCCCACGCUAACCAUCGAGGAGGCUCAAAAGCGGUACGAUGUUGACCAAGUCCGUUACUACGCUUCUCUUCAGAGCGAUUUGGAAUCGUGGGUGGACAAGUACAACGAGGACGGUCCGAUUUAUGUCCUGCACAGCACCCAGAAACCCGACAUCCCGUCCCAAAAGGCUCGAUUAGAUGAAACCGGGCUCCUUCCCGCGAUGGACGCGGCCCGAGAAAUAAAAGACGAGUACGAGAUUGGAAUGAUACGACAGGCGAACAAGAUAUCCGGCCUUGCGCAUCGAAGGAUUCUGGAAAACAUACAGCGCCUGUCCAACGAGGCGGAGAUUGAGGGUCUAUUCUUGGAUACCUGUGUAUCGCACGGGGCCAAGAGCCAGGCGUAUGAAAUAAUCGCAGGAUCCGGCCCCAACGCUGCCGUGCUCCAUUACAUCAAGAACAACGAGCCCCUUAAAGGGAGACAGCUGGUCUGUCUGGAUGCGGGGGCAGAAUGGAAUUGCUACGCCAGCGAUGUGACUCGAACAUUCCCCCUCGGACCGGACUGGCCCAGCGGGCACGCGAAGGAGGUCUAUCAGAUUGUCGAGCAAAUGCAAGAGGCAUGCAUCAGCCGGGUCAAACAGGGGGUGCGAUUCCGGGAUUUGCAAGAACUGGCACAUGUCAUCGCUAUCCAGGGUCUGCAGAGGCUAGGGGUUCUCGAAGAGGGCGGCGUAGAAGAGAUCCGGCAUUCCGGGGCGUCGGCGAUCUUCUUUCCCCACGGACUGGGCCAUCACGUAGGGCUCGAGGUACACGAUGUGUCCGAAAAGCCGAUCACUGCAUCCGACCGCGGCCACGGAGCCCGGCGGGAAUUCGUACCAACGAUCAGCGCUCCGCAGCUCCAGGACGGGAUGGUCAUCACCAUUGAGCCUGGUCUGUACUUCUCCAAGCUGGCUCUAAAGAACGCGCGCCAGCUGCCUCUAGCGAAGUACAUUAACUUCCACAAAGCUGAGCAGUACAUCCCCAUUGGGGGGGUGCGCAUUGAGGACGAUAUCCUAGUCACUCAUGUGGGAUAUGAGAAUCUAACCACGGCGCCAAAGGGGGAGGAGAUGCUGGAGAUCAUCCGUUCCCGCGGGAAUUAA